CGCUGCAGACGUAACCAGAUGGAAGGAGCUCAGAACACAUUGUCGCCCAACCUUCCACUACAGAGGCGAGCUGGGGGACACCGCUGGAGACAGCAGCCGUCCAGCAGGAUCCAGAUGACCAUUUUCCUUUGACACUCCCUCAGUCAAAACAUAGCAACAUUGUGCCGCCAUUUUGUAAGCUGUCAAACCACAACCUGCAUUGAUUACCAAAGCUGAGGUAAACUAGAAAAUAUCAAAAAAGACUACUUAGAAUAUUUUCUUAGAAUCAGAUGCCAAAGGAACAAGGAACAUUUAUCUCGGACCUCCCCUUUAUAACUGAUGGACUUAAAUUAGUGGAAAUUUCAGUGUUGCAAGUGUCUCCACACUUGCAUUUCAUAUCUAAGGACAUAACUAAAUAUAAAGUGCAAAGAUAUUGCACCUGCUACAUAAGUGCUCAAAUAUGGCCACCACAGCCAACAUGGAAGUGGCAGACAUCAUCAUUGUAGCAAUCUACUUCAUCCUGGUGCUACUGAUCGGCUUCCUUGCCAUGUGGAAAGCCAGUCGGAGCACAGUGAGCGGCUACUUCCUCGCUGGUCGCUCCAUGAACUGGGCGGCUGUAGGAGCAUCUCUGUUCGUCAGCAACAUAGGAAGUGAGCAUUUCAUUGGACUAGCUGGAUCAGGUGCUGCUAGCGGGUUCAGCGUGGCUGCAUGGGAAUUAAAUGCUUUAUUACUGCUCCAGCUGUUAGGCUGGGUGUUUAUCCCUGUGUAUAUUCAGGCCGGUGUCUACACCAUGCCGGAGUACCUGUCCAAGCGGUACGGCGGGAGGCGACUAAAGGUGUAUUUUGCCGCAUUGUCUCUUAUUCUGUAUAUCUUCACCAAGUUGUCCGUGGACCUCUAUUCCGGAGCCUUGUUCAUUAAGGAAUCCUUAGGAUGGAACCUCUAUCUGUCAAUCAUCCUCCUCAUUGCCAUGACAGCUUUGCUGACAGUCACAGGAGGUCUGGUCGCUGUCAUCUACACAGAUACGGUCCAAGCAUUCCUCAUGAUCGCCGGGGCACUCUGCCUUACAGGCAUCAGCCUCUUCAAAGUGGGAGGACUUGAAGGUAUGAGGACGAAGUACAUGCAGGCUACUCCAAACAUCACUGCCAUCUUGCUGUCUUCAUCCAACCUGACAUUUUCUGAAUCCUGCCUCCACCACCUAAACCCAAAGCCAGAUGCCCUGAAGAUCCUUCGAGGCCCAAGGGAUCCAGACCUGCCUUGGCCCGGUUUCUUACUGGGCCAGACUCCUGCCUCUAUUUGGUACUGGUGUGCAGAUCAAGUGAUUGUACAGCGGGUUCUGGCAGCGAAGAACAUUGCCCAUGCCAAAGGUUCUACUAUCAUGGCUGGCUUUCUGAAAAUACUUCCAAUGUUCAUCAUUGUCAUUCCAGGCAUGAUUUCCAGGAUCCUCUUUGCUGAUGAAUUGGCAUGUAUCAGCCCAGAGCACUGCAUGGAAGUGUGCGGUUCUGCAGCUGGCUGUAGCAACGUGGCUUACCCACGGCUCGUCAUGUCAGUGAUGCCUGUUGGCCUACGUGGUCUGAUGAUGGCUGUCAUGAUUGCAGCUCUAAUGAGCGACCUGGACUCAAUCUUCAACUCAGCAAGCGCCAUAUUCACGUUGGAUAUUUACAAGAUGCUGCGAAAGCAGGUGUCACCCAGGGAGCUGGUGAUAGUCGGCAAGUUGUUUGUGGUUUUCAUGGUGAUCAUCAGUAUUGCCUGGGUACCGGUCAUUAUCAAGAUGCAAGGAGGCCAGAUGUUCUACUACAUCCAAGAAGUGUCAGAUUACCUGACUCCACCCAUAGCUGCUCUCUUCUUGCUUGGCGUCCUGUGGCGUCGCUGCAACGAAACGGGUGCCUUUUGGGGUGGUAUGGUGGGGUUUGUCCUUGGAGCGUUGCGUCUGAUUUUGGCAUGUGUUUACCGUGAGCCUCACUGCAGCCAGCCUGAUGAGCGGCCAUCUUUCAUCAAAGAUGUUCAUUUCAUGUAUGUGGCAGCUAUCUUGUUUUGGUUGACAGCUUUGGUGACUAUAGUUGUGAGCCUCUGUACUCCUCCACCCAGAAAAGAACAAAUCAGAACCACUACUCUGUGGGGGUUAAACAAGAGAAAGAGGCUAAAACAGCAAGAAAAUGAGAAAGCAGGAGAAGGCAUCAAUGCUAUGAAGCCUCUAAACCAUGUAAGCCUAAAUGGGAACCAUUUCCUUGGUAAAGAAAAGUGUCAAGACCACCUAAACAAGCAGGCCAAUCAUGAAAAUUCUCAACCAAGCAAUGGUCAUGCUAUCACAGCCAGUGAUAUAGAAACUCACCAUCCAGUUCAGAAUGGUUUCCACUCACCAAUUUGUGACCCUAUAAAGGUAGAAGAGAGAGGUGUGAGGGAUGGGGUGGAGGAAGAAGAGGGCGGCUUUGGUGGAGGUGGAGUGGAAGGUGGGAGGUGUGUGAAGGUUUUAGAGUGGUUCUGUGGCUUCCAGGAGAAGCCGUCCAAAGCUCAGGUCAUUACAGUCCAGGAACAGGAGAAGAUUGUGGAUGAGCUUCUCCAUGAACCUCUACAUACCAGAAUUAUUCUGAACACAGGACUGGUGGUGAUUAGUUCUGUCGGGGUCUUUCUCUUCAUCUAUUUCUCCUUAUAGGCUUGGUUAAUUCCAAGCAGUGGGCCACGUUUGUCCUAACCUACAAGGUCUGCAGGUAAGCUGUCCUUCAGUUUUUCCUCAACUUUAAACAUGAGCAUGGUAUUACAGGAAAACUGGUAUUUUAUUCUCAUGAGAACUUUUUGUCAGAUUGCAAAUUACCAUGUUUAAAAAGCCAUUUGUGUACAUGGUAAAGGGUUAUGUUUGUCAUUUUGGUCCUGUUUUUUCCCUGCAAAAUUGGAUUUUUGGGUAGAGAUAUGCUCAGGAUUAGGUUUAGGAGCCACUUUUUAAAAAGAGGUUUGUUUUUUAACAGUACUUUGUUGUAUAUUCUAAAAUAUAUUUUCUACACUGUAUGGUGAUAACUGUGAAGCUGGCUUCAGUGUGCUUCAAACAAACUCAUUCAUAGAAAGUGUCUGAAAGCAUUGCAAUAUGUCUGAAAGCAAAGGUGUUGACAAAAUGAUCACACUCGAGGGCAGGCUGAGAGUGUGUCUGCCUGCUAUCAUAAAGAGGGGUGAGACACAAUUAAUUUUAUAAAUAAUUCUGCAAUGUAGGGCGAUAAUGGCACCUGACUGGAAAAUUGGCAUCACCAGAUGUUUAUCAAAAAAUGAUAUAUAGAUAUAUAUAUAUAUAGUAUACAGUAGAAGUGCCACCUUAUCUCUCAAAGUCCAUCAUGCAACACUUCAUUUUCGAUGUUGGUAAUUGAUCUCUGAGACUUUUCUUUUUUUGGAUUUGGAAUCUGUAACUAGCCUCGCUAGGGAGACUCAAUACUAGUAGCUAAUGCUAUUGUGAUUCAACAAAGAAUAGAGGAAAUAGCACCAGGUCAUGAUGUAACAUGUUUUUACUUGUUCAACAUGUUCAACAUUUUUAUCAUUUGUAUAAUAAUUGCCUUAUUGUAACUUUUUAACACUGUGCAGGUAAACUGAAUACAAUUUAGAACCUGUUCUAUGCAAGAGAAGUCAAGGCAAAUAACUUGAUAUUUCUCAAUGUGACUAUUGUAAGGAUUUUCUCAGGAAAAGGAAGUUUUCCUCCCUCAUCUGGCUGUAGGGAGUUCUUGCACCAUUGUUUUACACCAUUGUUUUACACAAUAAAAAUAAGAAUGGAAUACCAA